UCUUCUGACAUGCCUCACCCAUAACAUAUCGACAGAUAUACAAAAAAAAAAAAGGAAGUAGUCCUCUUUUUUAUUUUUUUAUUUAUUUAUCUGUUGAUUAGGGCCGGGAGGAAAGUAUUGUUGGGUUGGUUGCCUACCUGCGUUUUCCCUCCCACCCACCCCUGUGCAUGCAUUUCCGGGUUGGUACAGUGCCACAUGAGCAGUGCCACGUCAGCAACAGUGCCACGUCAGCAACAGUGCCACAUCAGCAGUGCCACAUCAGCAACAGUGCCUUGUCAGCAGUGCCGCGUCAGCAGUGCCACAUCAGCAACAGUGCCACGUCAGCAGUGCCCCGCCACCAUGACGGGCUCAGCUCUGGGCAUGCCAGGCCAACUGGCCAACGAGUCCAUUGCCGAGUACAAACAGCGGUUCCAGACUCAGCUCGCACUGAUCGAGGCUGAGGAACAGCGCCAGGUGGCAGCCGAGGCUGUCCGCCUACAGGCUGAAGCGGCGGCAACAGCUGAGAAGCAGCGKCUUCAGGCCGAAGCAGACRCAGAUACCCMGGCACGCCGMAAGGAAGCCCAGGAUCUGCUACAGCGGCAUGAAGCCACCAGCAUCGAAAAGCUCAAGUUUUGGCACUUUGAACCAUCCGAGGAGCACGACGACGCGACACCAGAGGAGCAGCACAAGGAAUUCAUGGCCAAACUCGUGACUAGGACUUGCAGCAAGUUGCACCAAGACCGAAUGCUGGUGAGACCAGCAGUGCACCCUCUACCCGCCAGUUGGAGGAACAACCUGGACAUCAGUACCUUCGCUGCACCAGCCACCAUCAGCAACCAGCUGGACACCUUCAAGACCGAGGUUCAACAACUGCAGCUGCCUAAAAAGGAUGGCAACACCACGCAGCACUACAAGAUGCCGACAUUCCAAAUCAAGAAGUUCAAUGAUUAUACGCAUCAAGACCCGGUCCUCUCAUGGGAGGGCUUUACGACGCAACUUCGGAUCCUGUUCGUCGCCAAGCACGUGUACAUCGGUGCACUAUUCCUCAACUCAAAGGGCGGAUGCCAGAUCUGGUUGAGCCACCUGGCAACCGUCCACGCCGUCGACGUCGCAGAUCUGAAAGAUAAGAUCUCUUGGGAAGAGUUAACACGCCUAUGGAAGAAGCGGUUCAUCGUAGACGACGCCCCGGCGCUCGCCAUCAACCGCCUCUUCGUUAUGACGCAAGGCAACACAGCAACACACGACUGGCUCACGGAAUGGCAAAAGAUCGCGGCAACGCCCGAUCUAGAAUUGCCAUUUUUGCAUCUGCGUCGAGAGUUCUACAACCGGUCAUGUGCCGCCUUGAGCCUUGCACUUGGUGAUUGCGAGCAAUACGCAACCUUCGCUGAAAUCAUCGACAAGGCAAGGGAGAUCAUCAAGACCACUAGGGCAGCUGCACAUGAGAAAUCAGCAUGGCAGCCAACCUGUGUGGAGAAGGUGAAAACUGGUCCGCGGCCGCAGCAUGUCGCUGCAGUCCAAUUGGACAACAUUGUGGAAGACCCGGCAGUCACCCAAGCGUCACAUGAGGGAGAUCAGGUGGCUGCUGUCCAGCCGUGAAGCAACAACAAGUCCCAAGGAAACGGGAAGGCGAAAACCGCAUC